AGUGUUUCAGUUAUCAGCGACACGCUCUUAAUCGGACCAUAUGCGCCUGUUUUGCUAUCCGGAGCCGCUCGAAUAUCCCGGCUGGGUCAGACCAGGCUCGAGUGGCCUCCUCUUGACAUGACAGAACGCCGCCCACCCACUGCCGGGUCCCAGGGAGCGAUACGGAUAUGUCAAGGGCACCGCAGAGCACGCAAAGUGGCCACGAACUACAGAAGUGAUGCGGUGAAGACGUCUGAUACGGGUGUCGGAAGGGACCAGACGUGUCUCUGGUGGGUGGCGCAGCUUUCGGAAGAGCUGCUUACUGCUAUUGUGAAUCGAGAGGAGCUAGUUGGUGCUAAUGUGAGUCGUGAUGCAUGAACUGAGCGCCGACCACUGUGGAACGUCACAGAAAAACUAAUUGGUGCUGCUGUCAAUUCGAGUGAGUUGUCGUGGGUCGCCAGCUUGUAUAACGGUCACUUCGAGACAGCGAUAGCAUCUGAGAAACGAUGGAGGGGAGCAGCGGCGAUGCUGCGACUUCCAGCAGUCUCAGAAACCAGGUUCUGGCCAGCAUAUGCGCCACGUACGGCGGUCUGGCCAACGGCCUGUCGGUGGGCUACUCGAGUCCGGCCGGCCCGGACCUGCAGCGCUCCCAGCUGCAGCUGGACGACCCUCAGGUGGCGCUGAUCGGCUCCAUGAUGCCGCUGGGCGCCCUGUUCGGCGGCCUGGCGUGCGGCUGGUGCAUGGAGCGACUCGGCCGGCGCACCACCAUGCUGCUCGUCAGCGUGCCCAACGUGCUCGGCUGGCUGCUCAUCACGUACGCGGCCAGCUUCGGGCCGAUCGUGGCCGGCCGACUGCUGGCCGGCUUUGCCACCGGCUGCUGCACGGUGGUGGUGCCCGCCUAUGUGGGAGAGGUUUGUGAGCCGCGCGUACGAGGCACCAUGGGGGCUGGAUUUCAGUUUCAGGCCACGCUCGGCGUGCUUAUCGCCUACAUAAUCGGCAAGUAUGUCCACUGGAACUCUCUGGCGAUAGCGUGUGCAAUCAUGGUGGCCGUGUGGGCACCGCUCGCCUGCCUGAUCUGCGAGACACCUGUGUGGCUGCUGGAGCACGGCCGUGACGCACAGGCGCUCGAGGCGCUCCAGUGGCUGCGAGGUCCGGACGCCGAUGUCGGCGCAGAGCUGAAGUCACUUCGUGAACAGACGGAGCACGGCGCCAGCAACAAGGCGACGGUGAUGGACCUCUUCAGCCGCGACAACCGGCGGCCGUUCGUCAUGGGCAUGAUGCUGAUGCUGCUGCAGCAGCUCAGUGGCGUCAACGCCGUCAUUUUCUACACGGUGAACAUUUUCGAGGACGCCGGCUCGUCGAUCGACUCCGACCUGGCCACCAUCAUCGUGGGCCUGGUGCAGUCGGUGUCGACGUUCGCCGCCGUGGUGCUGGUGGACCGGCUGGGCAGGAAGGUGCUGCUGCUGCUCUCCGACGGCGUCAUGGCCGUCUGCCUGCUGGCGCUCGGCGUCUACUUCUACAUGGAGAGCGCCGGCACCGCCGACGAUCUCGGCUGGCUGCCGCUCGUCUCGCUCAUGCUCUACAUCUUUGCAUUCUCGAUUGGACUCGGACCCAUUCCGUGGCUGAUGAUGAGUGAGCUGUUUGCGCCGGAGGUGAAGGGGGCCGCAGGAGGGAUCGCCACCGCCUUCAACUGGACCUUGGCCUUCAUCGUCACCCUCACGUUCGAGCCGCUCGUCGAGGGCAUCACCGAGGCCGGCGUGUUCUGGCUCUUCGCCGCCAUCUGCUUCGGAGGCGUCUGCUACGUCACCGUCUUCGCCUACGAGACCAAGGGCAAGACGUUGCAGGAGAUUCAGGAACAUUUUAGAUCCUAGUGACAGACGCGCCUCGAUCGUUUACUUUUUCUGAUUAAGAAUCUUGCGUAUCCGAUUACUAUAUUUCUGAAUAAAUGAAUACCAUAUUGGUACCAAAAGAGCUAUUUCAAUGUUGUUGCUGCAUUUGUCAUUGAGAUGCUGAGCGAUAAUACAUAUAAUUAUGCAAGCGCCCAGCAGUGAAAGGAAAUAAACGUCUUUCGACUUUCA